UUCAAGUGAUUGUACAACAAUGUUCAGCAAAUCUAUCGUAGCGCUUCUCCUCGUGGCUCAAGUCUGCUGGGCGGUUCCCCAUGGCUUCGAGCCCCGUAUCACCGACGGUGUGAACGCAAACCGCGGCGAGUUCCCGUACCAAGUCUCCAUCGAAUGGGGAAUCCCGCCACUAACCAAAUACAGUCACUCCUGCGGUGGUUCGAUCCUUGACGCGAAACACAUCUUGACCGCUGGUCACUGUGUCAUGAAAGUCGGAAAGUCUAGAGUAGUAGCUGGCAAAUACGAAUUGAACAAGGAAGAAUCAACCCAACAGGUUGUGAACGUCGCUAAGAGCAUCGUUCACAGUGGAUACAAAGGUGGUGUCGCUCAACACGACAUCGCCAUUUUGGUCCUGGCACAACCCCUGAAGUUGAACAGCGCGGUGCAACCAAUCAAGUUACCCACUCAAGGACAGAAACAGACUGGUCAAGCUGUUCUCAGCGGAUGGGGAUCCACCUCGAAGAGCACGGUCCCACAUUUGCCAACUGUUCUCCAGAAGGCUGUCGUACCUAUUCUGAAUAACGCUGAAUGCUUGAAGGAACUCACCUCUGAAUCUGUCGUUGGCCAGAAACCUGAACUCUUCGACACUCAGGUGUGCAGUGGAACCGCUGGCAAAGAGGUGUCUGCUUGCUCUGGUGACUCUGGUGGCCCACUUGCCCAAAAGGUCGGUGGCAGCUCUGUCCAAGUUGGUAUCGUCUCAUGGGGAAUGAUGCCCUGCGGUGCUAGCCACAUGCCCUCUGUCUACACGCGUGUCUCCUCCUACAUUAACUGGAUCCACCAGAACAUACACUAAAUUCUGCAUCCCUGCGUUAUUGUUUUCUGUAUGCAUGUUGCAACCUAAUCUUCUAUAUCUUUCUAAAUACUCUAAAGUAACCUUUCACAGUACACUCCGCAAUACCUUGAAAGAAGUCUAAAUAAACCAGUUAAACCCUUGCCU